AUGUCGACCUGCUCAUGGGGUGACCCUCUAACGAUCAGUACCUCUAACUUGACUGAGAAUGUUCAGGGGCCUGCAAAAUCGGGCCAGCAUUAUCGUCCGAAUUACUCCAGCGACUUCGCACUUAGUAGUCCAAGGAAUGAUAUCACAGGUCCGAAUACCCGACUGUACCACCCCUCGGCAUUUGACGACUUGAUUUCGUAUUCGAAUUUCGGACCCCCUCCAUCGGCAAUCCAAUCCCUAGAGACGCCACAAUAUAUCCCCUUAGCAUCAAGGGCCUCGACUACUGAAGCCAAGCAACGCCAGUCUGCCCGUGAACUGUUUGAGCAGCAUGGUAUCAGGAGGCCAACCGGUUGGUUUUCUGAUGAUGAUGAAGACCUAUCUCUCUUAGGCGAUAGGACUGCCGGCCCCCGACGCUUCUGCAGAAUCUGCCACGUCUGUUCUACGCGAACUUGGUCGCAAACUCAUUGCUUAUCUUGUCGGCAUCGUUUAUGUGAAAAAUGCCUAUGUGAGGUCCCUAAGAGCACUGAAAAGGGGCAUAAAACAUUUUCGCACAACCACAAUCACUCUACCAGGCAGGAUAAAGCACAGUAUACUCAACCAGCCUUAUCGACCCCGGAGCCUGUGCAAUUAGCACAGAAAGUAUCACGAUCGUCUAACAGGACUAGCAAUAACCGAUCCGCUCAGCAUACGGUCUUACAUCAGCCAUCUCAUGCACAUUAUCAAGAAAAUGCCACCGCUAAAUUACGGCCAGUGACUUCGAAAAAUAUAGGCAGUGAGAAGCCAGCACAACCCGCGGCACUACCUACUGCAACUCUUGUAUCAGGGGGGCCAGACUUACCACCGGGUUUGCCUGUUCGCUCAGUGAAGCAGAAUCCUUUUGUGGUCGGUGACAAGGAGAGGGUAGAAUCAACUACAGAAUCCCACGUUCCUGAGCCAUUAGCUAUUCGACAUUAUCAUUGCUACAGGCCCCAACUGCAGAUAGGUGGCAGGGAUCAUGAAGUAUCUAAUAGCCAUGUAGAAUGUGAUAAUCCCAUGUGUAGAGCGACACAUGCCGGGCAUUACCCGUACCGACAUAGCAUCACUUGUGCUCUGCACCGAAGUGAAGAGGUCGAAAAGCAUGGGGGCUCCCCCAGAGAAUCACUGGUAUCAGACAACCCUUCCGUCGCUCAUCCACCGAGCCUACAGUCUAGGAAAGAUACGUUACGACCCCCAUAUGAUACAAUUCAUCGGCAUCAUUUUGCAGGUCUCCAAACGCCCUAUCAUGUUGCAGAACAUAUUACUAGUGGCGCUAAUCGAGGAAUUCGGCACCUACAUAGUAAUCGUUCGGGUAAAGCUGUCGAUGAGGCUGGAUACGGUAUCACAGGCCAACGCCAAGAGUUCAAAUCUAUCGAAACCGAAUGUGCUUCAUACACCGAUCGAGGAUAUGAGAAUAGCCACGAUAUUGCAGACAAUCAUGCCGUGACCAGGGGCGAGGCUGCCAGUAGAGCAUAUACAGCAAACACGGCGAAAGGGAUUGGACCUGACGCCCGAGGUAGGAAAUCUUUACCAAAGAGCCGUGUAUUCAGUCCACCAUCAUGGUUACAAGCGCCGAGUAAAGAAGCAGGCGACGCUCGGUCUAGGCUACACCAUAUCGAUGUCGGAAACUACGGGCGUUCGUUACACGUUGAUGUAAUGAACCUAGAGGGAGAAAGGGUAAAUCAUUCACAGAGUCUAGUUCAUGGACCAAACCCUGAAAAGGAUUCGUCCAAUAUGUUAACCAGCUCGACGGAAAAUCGGCGGGGAUCCUCGCAUGACAGACGCCGUCCAACACACCUUCAGGUCGAAGAUACUAGAUACUCUCGAAAUACAUAUCGUAGCCCCCCACUCGCUCGUUCGGAUAUCUCCCACUCGCAGCAUAGUCUAGAGGGUUCCAAACGCCCUCGCAGCUUCGUGCAUGAACAACCUCGGAUUCAAUCCAGCGAUCCUGAAAAUGGACGUGUUUAUCUCCGAGAUGACACCCGUACAGUACGCGAGAAUGGACGUUCUCCAUUGAGUACUACGACUCUUGCCAGCCGGUCACCUCUGCAGCCACGACAGAUCCUACGUGAUAUGGACGAACACGGAAUGUUUGAAAGUAGGAGUGCAAUGCUGGAACCUGAAGAUAGAGAAUCGUCUAUCACAAUCACUGGUGCAACUUCGGAGUUCGAAGUUCACCGGCCUAGUCCCAUCCCGCCCCCAAACCACGAUUGUAGCUGGAAGAGCCGCUAUCUAGCACUGACAGCUGAGAUUCGCUUACUGAAAGCAGAGCUAUCUACUAGGGCUUCCCUUAGGGGGGCAGAUAUUGAUUAUGCAAGACGGGCUGACGAGAACAUCGCGAAUGAGGAGGAUGACCUGGGGAUCGAGGGGGUCACGAUUGUUAUGCAUUUGAAGGGCAGGGAUGACUUGGUUAUUAAUACGGACUUAACCCAAACAGUCGAAUAA